AUGAGCUGGGUUCACAAGACUAACCAGUCAAUCGCCAAGUCGGCGUUUGGCAGGUAUUUCAGAUUGGAGGGAUCUGGUCAUCAUCGUUCGCGUGAUGGAUCCUUCUUCUUCACCGAGAUCCGUGCCGGUCUCGCUACCUUCUUCGCCAUGGCAUAUAUUAUCGCUGUCAACUCGUCCGUCGUUUCAGAUACUGGUGGUACCUGUGUCUGCCCUCCCACCAGCCUCGACGCCUGCGCUACUGAUGUCGCAUACAACCUCUGCAAGCAAGAGAUCCGUCGCGAUCUGGUUACCGCAACUGCCGCUAUCUCCGCCUUGACUUCCUUCUGCAUGGGCUUGUUCGCGAACCUCCCUUUGGGUCUGGCUCCUGGCAUGGGUAUCAACGCAUACUUCACCUACACCGUCGUUGGUUUUAACGGCACUGGUCUUGUUCCCUACAGAAUCGCUCUUACCGCCGUCUUUGUCGAAGGUCUUCUUUUCGUCGCUCUUACACUUCUCGGUAUCCGUCAAUGGCUUGCUCGUGCCAUUCCGACUUCGAUCAAAUUGGCUACUGGCGUCGGCAUUGGACUUUAUUUGACCAUUAUUGGUUUCUCAUACAGUGCAGGUGUUGGUCUGAUUACUGGUGCGACCAGCACACCUCUUGAGAUUGCUGGUUGCUCUCAGCAGUACCUUACCGUGAACGAUGGCUUGAUGUGCGACCCUAGCCACAAGAUGAGAUCACCUACCAUGUGGAUUGGUAUCUUCCUUGGAGGUUUCUUGACCGUUUUCCUUAUGAUGUUCCGCGUCAAGGGUGCGAUCAUUGCCGGUAUCCUGCUUGUAUCCAUCAUCUCGUGGCCCCGUGGUACCGAUGUCACCUACUUCCCUCACACUGAGCUGGGUGACAGCAGUUUUGACUUCUUCAAGAAUGUCGUAACUUUCCGUCCCAUCAAGAACAUUCUUGCUGCUCAGGAAUGGGAUGUCAGCUCUCACGGUGGUCAAUUUGGUCUUGCUCUGAUCACCUUCCUUUAUGUCGAUAUUCUCGACUGCACUGGUACUCUUUAUGCUAUGGCUCGCUUUGCUGGUGUCAUGGAUGAGAAGACUCAGGACUUCGAGGGUAGUGCUACUGCCUACUUGGUCGAUGCUAUUGGUAUCUCAAUUGGCUCUCUUUUCGGUACUUCUCCCGUCACUGCAUUCAUCGAGUCCGGUGCCGGUAUCUCUGAGGGUGGCAAGACUGGUAUUGCAGCUAUGGUCACUGGCUUCUGCUUCUUUAUCUCUGUCUUCUUCGCCCCAAUCUUUGCUUCUAUCCCUCCUUGGGCUACCGGAGGUACACUAAUCAUCAUUGGCUCUCUGAUGGCCAAGUCUGCUGCCGACAUCAAUUGGCGCUACAUGGGUGACGCAAUUCCAGCCUUCCUUACCAUCGCCACCAUGCCGUUCACUUACUCAAUUGCCUACGGUCUGAUUGCUGGCAUUUUGUCCUACAUCCUUAUCAACACCACAGUGUACAUGGUUGAGAAGGCUUCUGGAGGUAAGCUUGUCCCUCAAGACAAGCAAUUCAAGGAGCCUUGGACCUGGAGACUCGACGGUGGUCUUUUCCCUCCAUGGGUCGUCCGCGCUGCCAAGGGAAAGAGAGAUUUCUGGAAGCCAUACGAGAUGGUCGAUCACGCAACUAGCGAGCAGGAAUCUGUUACCGAGGUGCCUAGCUCAGGUGCCGCUAAGGGUCUUGGUCCUGAUGAGGGAAGCAGUGCUAGCAGCAAGGUACGCCGUCGUUCCAUUCAGCAUGAAUUGUGA